AGCCGUCAUCCCACCUUCGACAACCAUACCUAGCAUCGCAGCCACGACCAGUCAACUUCAUCACAAUGGGCGGUCUCAACCUUGAAGUUUUUAAGUUCGGCAUGUACCUGAUGUUCCCUAUUGGCAUCAUGUACUACUUCGGCACCAACCUCGACGAACGCUUCGCCGUGGCCGGCUACUGGCCGAAGGCCGAGAACUCACAUAAGAUCCCCUUUGAGCGCGAUGAGAUCAAGGAAGAAUACAAGCGCUUGAUGCAACGACAGCGGUACCUCGAGGACCUGCGACGGAAGAGGGAGGAGCGCGAGGGUGUGUCGCAGCAACAGCAGGACGACUCGUAGACCACGCUACACCUACUCGAUCGUCUCGAGCCGGAACACAGAGAAGUGUGGAAUACUCCGCUAUGGCCGUGCUGGGAAUAGCAUGGGCCAUUGGGCUCGAAGCAAUCCGUGGUGGGACAUGUGUGUAUUGAUUCUGGCGUUUGGAAAGGACGGGGGCUUUUGUUUGGCAAGACUGGGCCGCCAGGUGUCGCUCCUCAUGAGCCCUUAGUGGCUACUGUUCUACAUAUUGUACAAGACUGGGUAUACAUGUACGAAUACAAGUGUACGACUA